ACACCUCUUCACGUCGCGGCAUACCAUGGGCAUAUCAAUAUGGUCGAGCUGCUCGUCGAACGAGGCGCAAAUAUCGAGGCACGGGGCGAGGGCGGUUGGACACCUCUCCACUUUGCCGCACAGGAAGGACAGCUCGCCAUGGCUCUCUUUCUGAUCGACACUGGGGCGAAUAUACAGAGCCGCGAGACGCGUGACUGUACGCCU